UUGCAGGGUUCUGCCAGAGACAUCUGGACAGAAGUACGUCAAUUGCGAAACAAUCCAAUUGCCAGAGCAAAUCGAACGGCACGUCAGGCUGGGUAUGACCAAGGCUCUCAGGAUGCUGCAGUAAGUGGAGGUACGGGUGCUGAGGGAUCCUGCGCCGGAUGCUGCUUACCAGGUCCUAUGGGCCCGCAAGGACCAGCAGGAAAACCGGGCAAACCAGGACGUAAUGGAGCACCCGGACGUACGGGUGCUGAGGGAUCCUGCGCCGGAUGCUGCUUACCAGGUCCUAUGGGCCCGCAAGGGCCAGCAGGAAAACCGGGCAAACCAGGACGUAAUGGAGCACCCGGACGUCCGGGCAAUCCAGGGCGGCCACCGCGUGAACCAUGUGAGCCAAUCACUCCACCCCCGUGCAAGACUUGUCCUCCUGGCCAACCUGGAUCGCCAGGCCCGCAAGGACCAAUGGGCGAUCCAGGGCCACAGGGACCACCCGGGCAAGCUGGGCCUGAUGGUCCGAUGGGACAGCCGGGUCAGAAAGGCCCACCUGGUGCUGUUGGACCGAUGGGACCACCUGGACAGCCCGGUGAGCCUGGCAUGGAUGCACCCAAUGAACCACUACUGCCAGGCGAACCUGGACCAGCAGGUGACCAAGGACCGCCAGGGCCACCAGGACCAGCAGGAAGACCUGGAAAAGAUGGACCAGCUGGCCCACCAGGGCCCAAAGGCCAACCCGGUCCAGAUGGUCAGCCAGGCAAAGAUGGUUUACCUGGAGCUCCAGGCGCGCCCGGACAAGCAGGUCCAGCUGGCGAAAAAGGCAUCUGUCCCAAAUACUGCGCUAUUGAUGGCGGCGUAUUCUUCGAAGACGGUUCACGGCGUUGA